AUGUCUCAACCACCCAAGGCCGAGGCCUACACCUCAUCAUCGAACCCUGCAUCCCGCAACCCUGCAGAGAACACAGCUGCACAGCAAAGCGAAUCUAGCGCACGCGAUGCAGUCCUCGGUCGCACGCCGUUUCCGCAGUCGCAGUCGAGGUCUGCCGACGAUGCGGUGCCUAGCUCCCUAGGUCAAGGUGUGCAUUCCUCCGGCCCCGUCGAUGCUACGGAGCAGCGCAACACGGCAUACAGCAGCACAGGCGCAAGCCGAGGGCCAGAGAACCCGAACGUCGAGGCCGAGCAGAUGGAGACUCUGGCGGAAGGCAAGGUUGCGGAUGCUGUCGAUCGGAAGAGCGGGGCGCAGAAGGUCCCCGGCCAGGACGUGCAGUUUGACGAUUACGCGAGCGGCCUUGAGAGGAAGAAACAAGAGCAGCAAGAGGCAAGACAAGCUGUAAAGGAUGCCAGAAAAGAGGGGGUCGACGUUGACGGCGGGAUGGGGCAGAGAGAUUGGAAUGAAAGUGGCAGAGAUGUCUGA